UCAGAAGUGCAAAAAUGUUACAUAUUUCAGCUGUGGCCUUAUUUCUCUUUGAGAUGGGUCUUCUCAGAGUUAUGUUUUCAACAGCAAGUACACAGACUCAUCCAGGACAGAGAGUCACUAUGUGGUGUUCACACAAUAUCCAUGUUUCUGGAUAUCUGUACUGGUUUAAACAAUCAGACGAUGCUGUACCCAUUACUAUUGUGUACAUGUUAUACACCGAAAGUCUUCGGAAGGUUGAGCCAACAUAUUUCAACAAUUUCACAAAAGAUCACUUGGUCAUGGAUCUGUUCAACAAAGUCACCACCCUAACAAUCACGCAAGUGAAAAUGUCUGAUUCUGGAUUCUACUUUUGUGGAACUACAGAUUAUGAUGUGAAAUUCGGCAAUGGAACCAGACUUGAAGUAAAAGAGAAAAAUUACACAGGAACCUCAAAAAAGGAUCAUGAGCAAUCAGCCGUGUCUGAGGAGUGUUCUAGAGACAUCUAUUUCAAACUGACCCUUCUAUUUGGUGGAAUCAUUUCUUUUACAUGCAUCGUUUCCCUUAUUUUGGGGAUUAUCAGGGAACACAGAAGACAGAAGCACAAAAAAGUUGCUGAAUGUCAAUCACAACAGCAGGAUGACAAGGAAAAUGAUUCAGUAGAAUAUGCUGCUGUUUAUUUCUCAAACCAAAGACCCAAAAGAGCAGGACGACAUACUGAGGACCCAAUUUCUGUGUACACUGAUACCACUUGAAAAAUAAAACAAACUCAAACAUAUUAUUAAUUUAUUACCUAUGGUUUAUUUUUGACAGCAAAAUAGUAAACCUGUUUAAAGAAAUGUAAUUGAGGCGAUCAGAGAUCUGUCUUUCCUUUGCAUUGUUGUACAUAAUGGUGAAGUUCAUUAAAAUUGCAUUGCAGUUUA